AUGAGUACAGCGAUUGCACUCCAACAGCAACAAAAAGACCCCAAAUCUGGCCAUGUUGGUAAUUUGACAUCUGAUCAAGAAGAGCUCUUGAAAAAGUUUUGGACGCAACUAUUUGAAAUAUUUCGUAGAGAAACGCCUUCAGCUUCUAAUGAUGUAGAGGGCAAUAGUGAAAUGCUGAACAAUGAAUUUACCGACUCUUUACACAACAACAAAAAAUCAACGAGAAUUAGUACUUUUCUACGUGGUAAUAAUAGUAAUAAGAAACCCAUGAACUCGGAAGGUGGAGUAAGUGGUGAUGCGGAGAUAGUAGCCAAGACGAAAGCCACUCAAAAACCGACAAAAGUCAAAAAAUCGAAGGAUGAUGACAAAUACAAUGAGUCAGAGGAACUCCUUGCCGCGCUGGAAUUAUUCACUCCACAACAAAUCCGAAGUGAAUCGUGGAGACUUAAUGCGGCCGAUGAUCCGGAUUUAAUCUCACUUCGAUUUCUUCGUGCACGUAAAUGGGAUGUGAAUAAAGCAUUAGCGAUGAUGGUGUCGACAUUGAAGUGGGGUCUUCAGACAGAUGUGACAAGCAUCGUGCGGGGUGGCGAGUCUGGAUUAGAACAGUAUUUUACUGAAAAAAAUGUCACCGGAUCUCGUGUUCAAUUGGAAAGUGGAAAAAGUUUUUGUCGAGGAUUCGAUAAAGAAGGAAGACCGAUUUGGUAUGAUGAACAGAACCAGGAGGUGUUGCAACGCUUUACCAUCUGGGUGAUGGAGACAUGUCGAUUAAUGAUUAUUGCACCUGUCGAGACUGCAUGUAUCGUUUUCGAUAUGACAGAUUUCAGUCUGGCAAAUGAUCUACAAUAUGUGAAAUUUAUGAUCCAAUGCUUUGAAGCAUACUAUCCUGAAAGUCUUGGAAUCUGCAUUGUGCAUAAAGCACCAUGGGUAUUUCAGGGUGUCUGGAAAAUCAUAUCACCACUAUUAGAUCCAGUUGUCGCCUCAAAAAUACGAUUCACCAGCAACGACAAAGACUUAUUAGAAUAUAUUCCAGCAAAAAAUCUAAUCGCAAGUCUUGGCGGUGAAGACCCAUGGGAAUAUACUUACGUCCCACCACACGAAGGAGAAAAUGAUCGUAUGAAGGAUGAGAAAACGAAACAAGAGAAGCUACGCAUUCGUCGAGAAUUAGAAAUUAAAUUCGAGGAAUUAACACAGAAUUGGAUCGCCGAUUCUUCAAAUGAACAAAUAAAGAGGGAACGAGAUGAAUUAAAAAGAAGGCUUCGGCAAGCUCAGUUGGAGCUGGAUCCUUACAUUCGUGCUCGUACUUAUUAUCAUCGAACUGGCGUCUUGCGUGAGGAUGGAUCGUGUAUUUGGAAAUAA